AUGAGUUAUAGCCCAACUAAACCAUUGCCUUAUGAUUCAUCAGAUAAUUGUCCCAUUUAUAAUCCAUUUUCAUCCCCAUCGCAUACAAGUGGGGAAGAUGAUAGAGGUAGCAUUCCCUUGAAGAAAGCUAGGAGAGUGGUUUCAUCAAAUUCAUUAUCGGCAUUCUUACAGAGGAGAAAAAGUCAACGCAUGGGAAGUAGGAGCCGCAAAUCAAGUCGAAGGUUGAAAGGAGACGAUGUUUCUGUUGUGGGGGAUGUUUAUACUUCAUAUGCGUCUUCACCAUCGUCUUCUGAUUUGGAAAGUUUGCCCGAUUUAACUGAUGAUGAUGCUGACACCCCUGAAACAACUCCUAUUAAACCAAUUCACAAGUUUACUUUCCUUGAUACAAUUUCACCGGGAAAGAGACUCAUCUUUGCAGAUAAUGAUACUCACGAGCAACAACAGAACCACAACAUACCAAAAUCAAGCGUCUUAUCUGUAUUUCAAGUGCCUGAACUUGUUCAUCGUAUACUCUUGUUUGUGGAGGCUCAAAAUGAUCACCAGCCUCAUGAACCUACUCCAAUUCGAAGAAAACCAAUGAGUUAUAAUCAUGCAUUGUUGAUUUAUGGCGAUAAAGAGCUGGCUCAACAGGCAAUGGCUGAAAAUAGUGAACAACAGCUCCAACAACACCUCACCACUACCAACCCCUUAUUCAAUUGUCUUCUUGUUAAUAAACUAUUCAAUAGAAUCACCACGGAGUUACUAGCUAAAAAGUUUUACUUUUCCAAUGAUGUUCAAUUCCAAAAAUAUGUCAAAUCAACCACCAUUGGAGGACCCAAUUCGGUACAAUUCCAACCACAACUGUUUAAUCUUUAUAGGUUAUUCCAUUCCAACCAGUUCCUAUUCAAUCAGGCAAUUAACAAUAUUAAUUUUCAUAAUCUUACUUCAUUUGAAUUAUUCAUGUGUCCUAAAAUAUACCCAUCAUGGGACAUAUUCCAAACUUGCGGUGCCAAUCUUCAAUCAUUGAUAAUUACCGGGUCCAAGACAAUAGAUGAUGAUUUUUGUUACAUGAUCAGUCAGAAUUGUCCCAAUUUGACGCAUUUGGACUUGCGAGCGUGUGAAUUGCUCACUGACUCAGGAUUGUAUCACAUUUUUAAAGCCAAUCAUAAGCUUCAAUUGGUUAAUGUGGGUCGAAAGAACAAAGGGCAUUUAAUCACUGAUACUUCUAUUGGGACCUUAGUGAAGAAUAACCAUCAUCUACACACAUUAGGACUUGCUGGCUCGUACAUAUCGGAUGUCGUGUUGUGGCAAAUAGGUUACAAUUUGAAACACUUGUCGCGUCUAUCACUAAAUAACUGUCCAAGGUUGACCAAUUCGGGCGUGGCUAAUGCAUUGAAUCAAUCUCGAUUCUUUCCUCAUUUGACAGUGUUGGAGUUGCGAUUUAAUCUACAAUUAACUGAUUUGAAAAGUUUGAUACAUUUCAAAAAUAGAAAAAACUACCAAUAUUAUCACCAAGAACAAAACAGUGCUGGGGACUUGUUGCUAGUGGAACUUUGUGAAACUCUCAUGUAUAGAAUGAGACGUCAGGAAUUGGAUCUAGAUAAGUUAAUUUCCAACAAGAUCAUGAAUGACAUCUUGUAUUGGAUUAAUGAUCAAUGGGAAAAUGAUGGUGACUUACCUUACUUGGAAUUGUUAAAUAGCAGAAAGAGAAAGCGCCAAUAG